AUGGCACACAUACGAACACAUAAAAACCCUGUUCUCAUUAAAGUCAAGAGCGAAACGUUAAUUAACGACCAAGAAGCAUUGCAAGGUAUAGCGAGAUACACAGCGAGUGAGGCCGUAAAAAGUCUGCCGCAAAAGAAGUUUGACGACAUAUAUAGAUUAAAAGAACACCUGUCCACGCGAGAUAAUAAACGUAAGGCCGUUACCAGGUUCUUUCCGGGAAUAAUCAGUGAUAUUGAGAAUAGGAAAAGAACGUAUGAUCUUGAAGGAGAUGGAAAUUAUGAAGAG